AUGGUAAAAGUGGACUCCGAUAUUAUCCUGCGCAAGGAAGGUGCAAUGCAACCUGGUAUUCACCCCCUGUCACCUUCCAAGUUAAUAACGCUGCCAUCUUCGUCGGUCACGGUGUCACGAGAUGCGUUGUGCGUGCAUAAUCUUGGCCUUCUUGUGGCCAGACUCUGCAGCCGACGCCCGGGCGCUGACCUGGCAUCUCCAACGUCGCCCCUCAUGCGCAGAUGGCCAACCCUUCCCGCUCAAAUGGUCGCCGCGGCGGCGGCACAGUUCGGGCAGAUGGCGGUCCAAUUGGGCACGAGGCUGUACGACUACUCCAAAGACGUGGUCGGCUUCCCCGAGCCUCUAAAGGAAAUCCAGCAACGGCUAAAUCUGCUGAACACCUGCAUGGACGACAUAGGAGCCCGACUGAACCAGAGUCCAGCCGAUCUUUCCGAUGCUGGUCUGCGGGCUACGCAAGACUUCAUCGCGAGCCUCCAAAGCCGGGCCAGCAAACUGGAGGCCAUCUUGGACAGUUAUCUCCAGAAGACCUCGGAUGGCAAUGCCGUUCGUCUAGCCAAGGCUUUCAGCAGCUUGGCGAAAGACGAAAGAAUCGCGACUCUCGCUGACAACAUGACGGAGUCUGACCUGAUGCCGAAGACGGUCAUUCUGCAAGGGAUGGGUGGUCAAGGCAAGACUCAGCUAGUCUUGGAGUAUUGCAGAACCUCAGCCAACAAGACUUGUCUUGCCAUUGCUGGCAUUUCUGGGGCCCAACAGUCGACUGAUACCAAUGCCUCUGUCACGUAUACACUGAACCUGUUGGCAUCUUCUCCAGUCCCCUGGCUUGUUGUCUUUGACAACUACGACGAUCCAACAGCCUACCAGUUACGCAAGUUCUUCCCCGCUUCUGGCAUGAAGGGUCAUAUUCUCGUCACUACGCGGCAUCCAGAUGCCUCUCGCCUGGGGUCGAUGAUAGACGUCAAGGGGAUGAAAGAAUCUGAGGCAUUGGAUUUGCUGUUUGCACGAUCUUGCGCGGAAAGGAACGACGAAGCCCUGGAACACGGCAAAUGCAUUGUCCACCGCCUUGGAUAUCUACCACUGGCAAUCGACCAAGCAGGCUCGUACCUGAACGAAAGGAGAGACAUCCUUCCAAUCGCAGACUUCAUGGAUCAUUACGAGAACAGAGCCGAAGAGGUCCUUCGAUCUAUUCCUGACGCAUGGGAAUACGUUGGCCCAGACGAGGCAACCCGGCAUGGAGAAAAUGGGUCACUGAAAGUCUCUAUUCUUACAUGUCUCGCCUUCUUUGCAACUGACGAUAUUUCCGAAGCCCUCUUCAGAUCCUUGUUCGCUCGUACACAUCAAAACGAUGGCCAUCAACCCCACAACUGGACAGGAUUGUUUGUAACACCAAAUGGCACUUGGUCAACAGACUGUUUUGGGAGUCUAAUGGCCGAAUUCCGAAAAUACUCGCUCAUAUCAAACCUGGAAAGAGGUACCGAUGGACUCACAUAUCUAUGUCUCCAUCCUCUGGUGCGGGACUGGAUUAUGCACAGUCCAGCACAGGAACUCCAAUGGCAGGCUUGGCUCGUUGCGUCAGAUAUCCUAGGCCAUUUCCUCGCCGAGCGCCAAGUCGCACUCUUUGAUGGAAGUGUGUUGGGGUUCCGCUUAUCCGAACAAGAGGAAGACGCUUGCACUGAACAUGCAUUCGAAUGGUAUGGUCAGUGGUCCAGGCAUAAACGUCGCGUCGACUAUACGCACCGUUCUCUCCAGGGUCACAAGCCCCUAAGGAGCGCGGAGCUCAUGAUCGGUAUCUUCCUCUCCGACUUGAGGUUCUUUGACCAUAGUGAGCGCAUCUUCAAGUGGCUAGUAGAUGCAGCCCGGGAACGUUUGGAUGAUCUCGAUCAUUCACAGAUAACAAUAAGCUGCUUUGCGGGCUCAUUUCUGACCAAUCAGGUCAUCCAGGAUGCGGCCAAGACGGAAGCAGAGGCUGUGGAUCUUGCGAGAGAGAACGUGAGGUUCUGGAAGAACGUCGCAGCCGACCAGGAUCUGUCUGAUGAGUGCGAACGGACACUCGCCAGGGUACUGGCCGAAGCCCCGGAUGUACAUGCCCGUAAAGAAGCUGAGUCACUUUGUAGGGGCUUGCUCCAGAGGACCGACGGCGCAUACCUCCAUACUGCUAUUCUGACUACACUAUAUCACAUACUAGACUUCCAAGUCGGUGAGAGGCUGAUCCCUCGAAAGGAGAUGUUCAAUAUCAUCUUGCAGAUUUAUAAAGUGUCUUCAGAUAGUGGAGGGGAAUCCUUUCGCCACUCCGCUUGGUUUUGGGACCUCUGGAAGUGGAUCAUCAGCGACAUGUAUAUGAAAGGAUACACCGAUGUGCCUUUCGGUUUGUCGCAAGAACAGGAGGGCCUCAUCACAGGUACAUUUGGAACACAAUCCGAGCGUUACGCGAGACUCUUGUUACAACGUGCAUUGCUCAUACGAGACCUGGAGCAAGACUACACUGAGACAGAAAGCCUGCUACUGGCGGGUUUGAACAAACCUAGGCAAGAUUCACUACUUCACUUCCGGUUCUUCCAGGAUCUCGGAAUUUUAAGGUAUCUCCAGAGACGAUAUGUUUCUGCGGCUCGUAUUGUGGAGAUUUGCCUCAGUGAUGUGGCCGGUUCGCCCGUCGUCAGUUCGCAUAGUAUCAUCUUCGAGCUGCUUGACUGGCUAAACGAAAUAUGCUGCUGCAUUCCGGAUACAUAUAACAGAAGGUUGGGUUAUUGUCAGGCUCUGACUCGUCUUGCACAAAACCUUCCAGAUUCUGAUCCACAAAAGACCGGCCUUUUUCUGGAAUGGUCGAUGUGCUUGUCGGUGACACGAGCUAUGCAGCCAUAUCCUAACCACUCCGAAGUCUUGUAUGCGGUUCAACGAGCAAAUCUGGUCUUGGAAUACCUCUGUUUUAAAUCCACAACCUUUGAUCGACAAGGUACGCCGGGCGCGCAAGCAUCUUAUAACGCCAAGACAUUACUGGAGAGGCUGGCCGAUGACUCCGAUCUGAGUGAAGUUAUGGGGAUACUUAGCAAGGGUGUUAGCGAUUUCAGAGGAUAUACUGUUUUGUUGCUCAGGGUCCGACUCUCAUUACGUCUCACGGAUCCCGAUCUGGACGCCUGUAUCGCCUGGCGUGUCAAGCGGGGGACGCUUCUCGACUUCCCGUCUUUGAUACCGUAUUUCCCGGAUGACGAUCACUGGAAACCUGAGAUUGAACAAGUACCUCACGAACAGACCCAGGCAGAAGCACUUGCCAAGCGACAAAGGGAUUCAGGAACCGACCCAGGCAGAAGCACUUGCCAGCGACGAAGAGCUUCGGGAGGAUCGACAAUCAUCUUUGUCGAAGUUCAAAUCAUCGAUCAAGUCGAAACUGAGGUCUUCGCGAUUGAUGUCACAGAGGAGCAAAGAGAAGCAGUCAAGUCAAGAGGAAUUGAACACGAGAUGCUCGCGGUCGCCGUCUUUGUGGCCUGCGUCGUAGCUCUAGCUACGGCACAAUCUAAUACGUCAUACGACUAUGUGAUCGCAGGUGGUGGCACAGCGGGCACGCUUCUCGCCGUGGUACUCUCAGAGAACCCAGAUAUCACAGUCUGCGUUCUCGAAGCUGGAGGCGACGGCAGAAAGGACAAUAACAUCACCAAUCCAGAACUCAGGGGAACCAUCCAGCACACCCAAUAUGACUGGCAGUUCUGGACGCUGCCCCAGCCAGGCCUGGACGACAAUGGCACCGCCGGCGCUCAGCCCGUGCCGAGAGGCAAGGCCCUAGGGGGCACGUCGGCCAUGAACUGGAUGAUCCACAACACCGACAGCCGCGUGCAACUCGACCUCUGGGAAAGCGUGCUCAAUCUAACGGGCUGGAACUGGCAGACGCUGUCCACGGCGUUCCGCGAGAGCGAAACCAUGUACGCGCCGCCAGCGAACACGUCGCAAUUCUUCAAUUACGACGCCGAGUACCACGGCGGGAACGGGUACAUCCAGUCUGUGUUCCAGCGCAGCGUGAUGAACCUGUUCCCACAGUACCUCAAUCUGACGCUUGUGAAUGCUGGAUAUCGGGUGCCGUCGGAUAGGAAUGGGGGCGAUGCUGUUGGCGGUGGGUUCUUGCCGCUGGCGAUUGAGCCGUCGAACUACACGAGGUCGUAUUCUGGCUCUGUGUACACGGGGACUGAGAACAGACCCAAUCUGCAUGUCUUCACGAAUAGCCAGGUUACUGGUAUUGAUUGGGUAGGUGGAGGCUCUAAUGGUACUGCUACUGCGAGUGGUCUCAGAUACGUCAACCGAGGAUCGGGCUCGAAUACCACCCAGCACGUGCAGAGCCGAGAAGUGAUUUUGAGCGCUGGCUGUAUUCAGUCCUCACAGACACUGGAGCUUUCGGGGGUUGGCGAUCCGAAUAUCCUCACGCCUUUGGGGAUUCCGGUGAAGGUGAAUCUGGCCAAUGUCGGAGUAGGCUUGAGAGAUCCUCCAAUGAUGAACUACCUCCCCAUAUCCUUCGGUCUCAACAAGACCCUGACAGGAAAUGAGUACAUCCAAAACUACAUCCAGCUCGAGAGCGCGCGCGACAUGCUCAGCGAAGCCGACUACGCCGCCGCCUCCGCCUGGCUCAACUCCACCGGCAGCAUCCCCGGCGUGACCAGCGCCCAACUCGCAGUCUUCAAAACCCUCUGGUUCGCCAACCAGCCCCUCAUAGAGAUGGCAUGGCAGUUCAAAACCGCGAAUGUAACACCCUACAACCUAAUUCCACUCAGCCAGGGCACCGUCCACAUCAACAGCAGUGACCCGCUCGUGCCGCCAGCCAUCGACCCCAACUACAACCGCGUCAACGCGACGAUCAACGGCACAGAGGUGGAGUGGGACAUGUGGUUCUUAGCCAAGGCAGCGCAAUACUACGAGACGAAACUCGCCACGACGGCGCCGAUGCGGGAUAUCGUCACCUCGACGGAUCCCCGCUACGAUCUGCCGUUCGACGAGUACUUCGACGUCGUCAAGCAGCGCACGGGCAGCUCGCAGCACCUCACGGGCGGGAACCCGAUGCUGGCGCGGGAGGACGGCGGCGUCGUCGAUACUAACCUGUUGGUGUAUGGCACGAGCAACGUGCGGAUCGUCGACGGGUCGGUGUUCCCUUAUCAGCCUUCGGCGCAUCCAAUGGGGUUGACGUACGCCUUGGCAGUUCGAGCAGCUCGGCUGUUCCAGCAGAUGCCGGGAGGUGGUGGGCUGACGAUGACCGACCAGCUGCCGCAGAGCAAUGCCAGUGCGAGUGCCACGGCCACGUUUGGUGGUGGUGGUUCGCAGGCAUCGCCUACUGCUGUUGCGGCGGCCUAUGCACGGCAGCUCGUGGCGCCUUUGAUGGCGGGAGGUGGUGGUGCGCUGUUGGCUGCUUUCAUGCUGUCGUUGUAA